AUGAGCCGCAUCUAUCACGACAGCGCCCUCCGGAACAAGGCGGUGCACAGCACUCGGCUGCCCGGCUCCUGGGACCCAGCUGCGUACCAGCGGGGAAAUGGUAUUCUUCUGGAAGGAGAGCUGGUUGAUGUCUCUCGCCAUAACAUCUCAGAUGCCAAUGGCAAAAAGGAGCGUUACUAUGUGCUAUACAUAAGACCCAGCCGCAUUCAUCGCCGAAAAUUUGACUCCAAGGGAAACGAGAUAGAGCCCAACUUCAGCAACACCAGGAAGGUGAACACAGGCUUCCUCAUGUCCUCAUAUAAGGUGGAAGCUAAAGGUGACACAGACAGACUCUCGCCCAUGGAACUGAAGGGGCUAGUGGAGAAGCCAGAGCUGCUGUCGGUGACAGGAAGCCACACUCCAGACCAGACAUUCGCAUUUUGGAUUCCAGAGGCAGAGAUGGAGAAGAUUGAGUUAGAACUGGGUACAGAAGUUCGCCUAAAAACCCAGGGCGAUGGUCCUUUCAUAGGCUCUCUAGCAAAACUUGAGGCUGGAACAGUGACCAAGUGUAAUUUUGCUGGCGAUGGACAAACAGGAGCAUCCUGGACUGACAAUAUCAUGGCCCAGAAAUCCUCAGAAGGAACAUCAGAGAUCCGAGGCCAGGGGGAUGGAGCAGAGGACGAUGAGUGGGAUGACUGAGAGUAGCAGGAAAUGGAGCAUCUCUGCGGUGGCCUUUGUUAGCAUGAAACUUGCUUUGAAUCUCUUCUCGCUAACCUCAGCGUUGAUGCUUCCUAUGGAAUAGUGGUAUAGGAGGGGAAGAUAUCAUCAUCUCAUCUUCACAGGUGGUUGGAAUACUCUUCCCACCUCUGCUAAAAUCCUACUGAGGCUGGGCAAGUCCAUUCAUCGUGGCUCCUGGAGGACCUGGGCCCAAGACCCAUUCUUCUUAGAGUUUUUCCACGUUUAGUUCUUGUCCAGGAAAGGGUCACUGUUUCCUCAUUCAGGUGACCUAAAUGUCCUGUGACCAAAUAGGAGAUGAAUUGGAAUUAUUUAUAACUGUACUUGAGGAAUGUGAUUUCCUCAGGGAUCUGAAUGUGAUUUACUCAGAUGAGACAGGGUGGUUCAUGGGAGCAAGUUAGGUGAAUCCCCUCUUGGUCGUUUGAGUUUAAUUUCCUGCGUGGGCCCCUGAGAGACUUAAGUUGGGCAUCCAUUCCUCUGUCUUGCUAUGUGUGCACCUUCCCUAUUGCCUUGCACAAAUUCAUAUCCUCUCUCCCACAGCUCUGUACCUCUCUUACCUCUCUUUGCCAUGUAAUCCUGUAGCCGUUAUCCUCCCCGAUUUCCCUCUGUCCCUCUAACUAACUAACUGUCUCAUCACCGGGGCUGGAGAUUUUAAUCUCUAUCUCCUGAUUCCAAGAAGCCUUGGAAUUGGCCAGCACCGAUUGGGCAGUCAGUGCCAAAGGGGUGCAGUUAUCCACCUCCACUGGUGUGUCUAAUUGUUCCAUAGCUCUAAAACUAACCUUACCAGUCCUAGAAUGUCUUGUUUUUUAAAUAUAAUCUAUACCUCUUUUAUACUUUGAGCUAAUUUUAUCAACAAUUUUUUUUAAUUAAAGUAAACUCCUGG